AUGGAGAGUUACCUCAGCACCCAUUCCAAGGGUAACAGCGUUGCCACCACCAGGAAGAACUCUAGCAGCCUGGACAACAACCCCCAGCAGUGUGGAGCUGGUGAGCACGAAGCCCAUUUCCCAGACAGUGGAGUGGCUGCACUACUGGAUCUGCCUCUUGAGGUCAAGCUGCCUGUGAUCCCUGGGAGCAAUAAUUUAUACUAUACGACGAAGUUAAAUAAAAAGCUUUUUCAACCUUCUUACGGUUUUAACCUGACUGAUCCUUAUUGUCGACUUUUGGACAACCAAUAUAAUAGUCUUCAUGAUCCACAUUUAAGAGCGUACCAUUCACGUGAAGAUAUCCGGAGGAGAUUAAAGAAAGGAGGCUACAUUACCCGCAAUAAUGAAGUUAUAUGUAACUUGACUGAGUUUAACAAGUAUAGGCAAUAUCUUACAAGUCUGAAAUUAGACUUCGAAAGGCACUACGUAAAAGAACAAGGAAUGCUUGCAAAACAAAUAAAUAAACUACAACUAAACAAUCAACUACAUGGACUUCCUGAUGAUGCACAAUUCCAAAAUUGGUUCUUAUGGGAGGAGACCCAACCUUUUAAGGACCAGGAGCCAUUAGAAAUGCCCAGUUAUUUGGAUAAGAUAAGUAUGAAAUUAGAUCAAUGUGGAUGUACAAGAGAAGAGCAGCGCCUCCUCUGGUUGGAAAGAGAAAAAAGACGACAGCAGGAACACACAAGAAGAAAACAUAUUCUUCAUAGAAAAUUUGAAGAGGAAUGGAAGAAAAAAGAGAUGCUGCUUCUGACAAAGUCUGCAGAAGGUGUUCAGAAAGAAGCUGGGCUAGAGAUACAACGGCGCAGAAAUAGAGGAGAGGGUGACAAAAAGGUAGAUUUAACUUUCACCUCUAAUAUGGGCUGUUAGAGAAGAAGCUUUUGUUAGUUUGGAUUUUUGAAAGUACCCUAUACAAGAUGACAAUGGAUUGGUUCCCCUAAAUGAUAUGUGUUAUAUUUUGACCAUAAUAUAAAAAGUCCUGCCUUAUUAUUUGAUA